GUGUGUGUGUGUGUGUGUGUGUGUGUGUGUGUGUGUGUGUGUACCCUCGCCCGCCAACAGUCAUCAGUGGUACUCGGUUCGUGGUACUUGUGUGCUGUGGUGCCUUCCUUAGUACCGCUGCAUACGUACACACACACGCACACACUCACUCUACACACGCACGGAAACACACGCGCGUGCACUCACCUCACUCCACCAACAUUACUCCUAUCACCAUUUUGCAACUUGCGCUCCACCACCACCACCACCACCACCACCAUUGCCACCAGCAGCAGCAGCAGCAGGAGCGGGCAGUGUGGUGGUGAUCGUGGUUGCGUGUGAAUGCUGGUGGUGAGCGGCGUGCAUGAACCAAACAGAAGUGCAUCACCACGCCACCACCAGUCACCACCAUCGUGUGGAUCAUCAAGGAAAGGUGUUGAUAAUUACCUGAAUGGAUGGAUAUACCCACACUAGUAACACCACAUCCGCAUCACAGUGUCGCUUGUAACAGACUGGUGUGGUGGUGGUGGCGGUGGUGGUGGAGGCUGUGGUAGUGGUGGUGGUGGCAGUGGUGGUGAUGAUAGUGGUGUAGACGAGAACUAGACGAAGCACUGUGAUGGUUCUUGCGCCUAUGUGUGCCGUUGUUGUGGUGACGACUGGUGGUGGCAGUGGUGGUGAUGGUGGUGACUUAUGGUGAUGGUGGUGGUGACGGACGUGUGGCCCAGCAGAAGACGAACACACGCACACACACACACUGCCACUUCCUCGCGACGGACGCACUAGAAACGCACACAGGAUGUAGUUUGAAGAGGAUUAUCUCAUUAUAGAAAGUAUGCAGAGCGGGGAGGCCAUACACCAUCAUGACCAGCCCAUGACGGUGCCGCCCAUCCCCGCCCCAGCAGCAGCGUCUCCACCCAUUACCUCUCCUCCAGCCAUCGCCUCCCUGCCCGCCAACUCCCCAACACUCACCUCCUCCCCGCCCGUCACCUCGCCCUCGCUGGCCUCCUCCCCACCCCUCACCCCGAACGUCUCACAGUCUCCCCUCACGUCCCGCUCCAACUUGAGAAUCACCACCUCGUCCUUGGCCACGAAGCUGCGUCUGAAUCAAGUGCAGGGCAACCACGCCGUGUCUCCCCCAAGGACGUCGCUCAUUGGCCAGGACGAGGACGAGGGGCGGAGCGACAUCAAGGUCCUCUCCCCGUCAUUGGUCAACAGUCAAGUCCUGUCCAAAACGCGUCCCUUGUCCCCUGACCCGCCCGACCCGCCCCUCCCGCCGCCGCCACCGCCGCCGCCGCCCCCCAUCACAGCCCUCUACAAUGGCGAGAGGUUACCGGAGCAAGAUGGCAUGCUGGGACGGUGGAGGGGCGAGGAAGGAAGAGGAGGAAGACAACGAGGAGGAGGAGGAGGAGGAGGAAGCGAGGCGGGUGAUUCUCAAGAGGACCCGGAGAAGAUCACGAAGGGAAGAGGAAGAGGGAGAGUGGGUCGGCGGCGGCAGAGGCAACACAAGCUGAAGUUCCACCACCAGGCGCUGCCUCCCGAGUACCUGGACCACUACGAGGCGUCUCUGCGGCAGGAGCAGCGCGCCGCGGCGGCAGCGGCGGCAGCGGCGGCAGCCUCCCCCCCUGCCCCGCGACCCCCGCGCGAGUCUUUGGACCCUAAUCCCCCGCACGGAGCAGGAGCUGGAGUGCAGGGUGGAGUGCCACGGCAGGGGAGGGGCGGGCGCGGGCGGGGGCGCGGGCGGGGUCAGCGUGCCCCGCGGCCCAUCACUAUCCACGAGGCGGGCGGGGCGGCCACCGAGGCUCUGCUGCGAGAACUGCUUCUGACCCGCCCACACCUGCAGCAGGCAGCGCUCACCCAGGCCGCCCUCGCCCGCGCCCAGUCUGUGCCCUCCAUCAUGCUGGCCACGCCGCCAAGAGGACGCCGCGCCCCCAGCCCAGCCAUUCCUGCCCACGACCAGCAGCUGCCCUACAUGGGCGAGAUGCAGCUGGACGAGCGGCCUCGACGCGGCAGGAAACCCAAGAAGGCCGACAUCACCCACCUUAUCUCUAAAAACUACGGUGUGGCGGGUCUUCCCGGCUCUGGGGCGCUGCACGAGGCUGCGCUGCAGCAGCUGCACCAGCAGUUGCAACUUCAUCAACAGCAACAACAGCAGCAGCAGCAACAGCAGCAACAACACUACCACUAUCACUACCCGCAGGCGCAGCACCAUCAUGAUCGUCAGCGGGGUACCGAUGAGGAGGGCGCCGCGGGAGUGCCGGAGGAGGGCCUCACUCGGGCCCGCAGCUACUCGUCGCUGCUGCACACAGCCCUCACGGCGGUGGAGGCCGGGGACCAGAGCGAGCCCCUCAACCUGUGUGUGCGGGACGACCCGGGGCUCAAGUGCGACCCGGAGCACCCUGCGCAGGGCCACCACCACACCCCGCCCGUCAAGCUGGAGCCUGACGAGGACCCCCCCGCUGUGGAGGCUGCGUGGGUGGGAGGCGUGCGGGGGGGCGGGCCCUACUGGCUGCAGGACUACCGCCUCAAGACGGAGGACGGACUCAGCUCAGGCCAAUCCACGCCCUCCCUCUGCUCCCAGUCCUCCCACCUACCCUCCCUCUCACCCCCAGCCUUUCCCCAUAUGUCCCCUCCGCCCCCCUUCCCCAUGAUGGGAUGUCCUCAGUCUCCGCCCUGCCCUUCCCCACUGCCCGCCUCUCCCGCCCACCAUCACCGCAACGUGCACGCCCUUGUCAAGGAGUCGCUGCAGCAGCGGUUAGACGAGACGGCCAGAGAGCGGCUGUCUCCGCAGGAGGGCGUGGCCAGGGCGCGGGGCGGAGAGGGGCGGGGGUCGCGGGCCGCUGGACACGGGGCGCGAAGAAAGCGGUCGGCGCUGUUCAUCCCCCCCGCGGAUCCCAACACUGAGGUCAGCAUCUGCAAGUUCAAGUUCACGGGCGGCCCUAACCCCGUGCUGGAGGAGAAGAAGAUGGUGAGCGUGGGGGCGGGGGGCCGCCUGCGCUACUGUGGCGCGGGGGGCGGGGCAGGUGGGGGACGGGACCUGCGACUCUCGGGGAAGCUUAUCGAAAACAUUACCAAGUGUGAGAAAGACGUGAAGAAGAUCCGCCUGGAGAGUGACACUGAGGACACGUGCAGCCUGCCGGGCCUGGGCAGCGCCGCCACCUCGCCCGUGCACACACUAGAGCGCGGCACUGCGCCGCCCGCGCAAGAAGAGUCCCCUAAGCGAAAACGACGCUCCAAAAAGUCCUCGGUGCGGGAGAAGCUAGAGCAGACGCUGCGGGAGCGGGGCCUGCUCAUCCAGACCCAGCAGGUGGAGUCUGCCGAGGGCGCCACCUACUGCAAGUUUCGUCAGUUGCGCAAGUUCACCCGCUACCUCUUCCGGAGCUGGAAGGACUACCUGCCGGGCCAGCUGCAGGAGGGCGGCGGCGGGCCACUCGAGGGGUACUCUGACACCCGCGCCCCGCCCUUCCCCACUCAUCUGGUGCGGCAGCCGCCCUCUCCCGACCAUCGCUGACCCAUCCCUCCUGGGCACUGGCGGCCAGCAGCGGGGAGGGCGAUGAUGGCCCGCCGCCCAGAGGUCCUGCUGCAGAAAGUACAAGAGUUCGCCGGGGCGCGCCGUGCCCCUGCGAGGUACCCUACGUGACCCUUGGCCACAUCCUGCGGCGGCGGGGUCCCGGGGCCGGAGGUCAGGGCGGGCGAGCACUCAGUCGUCUUUCAUAACACAAACUGGAGAAGCCAUUCUAAAACGACUAAUAUUCUUUCUUAGGAAGGUCCUAAUGUAAACUGUCGUCCUCCUAACCAUCCAAAGCUUUAACGACUAUUGGCAUUACAAACCUGUUCCCAAGCUGUUCACGUUGACAUCGGUUUUGUUGCCCCUCGUAAACGAUAAACACAACGAUGUUUUCGUUUGACAAUUCUACAUUGUAAUCUUUCCCGUUGGAGGACAAUCAGUUGUAGUAUUUCUAAUAAUAACGUCUCAGGUACAAAGUGUGUCGGGGCGCGGCGCGGGGCGGGGCGGGACUGAGCGAGGCGAGCCGGGGCAGGGCGGCACCCGGGGCGGCGUGACCACCACCACCACCACGGCCAGGAUUGUCCUUAAAGCUACUCCUCUGUCAAACCAAGCUGUUGCGCUGGCUGUGUUCAAGGCUGCCGAGCCAGCAAGCAAGCAAGGAAGAUGUGCCUGUGACCAGUGACCAGUGCUGCGUGGUGGGCGUGCACGUGGCGCCUCGGGGCGGGUGGGGAUGAGGGAGAGGAAGAGUGCCAAACAGAUUAAGAAACAGAAAGAAAGUAACACGUGCAAUGAGCCAGACAGCAAACACACCCUGGCCGCUCCAUCACUGCCGCGGCCGCCGUUGACCACCACAGUGCAGUGUGUUGGCAACCCUGGUGUUGUGUGCCGAGUCUGCCACCACGGCGACGACUGCCUCUGAGGGGCGGCGCGCGCCUCACAUCUGCUGGUAAACAGGAGAAUAGAUAACCAAAUGCUGUGAUUCUCGCCAAUGUUCAGUUUUUAUCACGCUUGACCCUCGUUCAUGGCUGGGGCGGGCGGGCGGGCUGGCUCCUCGACCUGACCCACGGACACACACAUGGCGCUCCUUCGUCGGCCACCACGUGUGUUUGUCCUUGCUUAUUGUGUUUAUUUUUAUUUCCGUUAACGUGCAUCCCUUUGUUCUGGUGUUUUGUGAGUCACCUACAGUUUUUUUUGUUUUGUUUUGUUCAUCUAUUUGUUUUCUUUUUUGUAGAUGAGACAGUGGCUGCCGUUUGUAUUAGUGACAUGUAUAUGAAAUUUUAACGUGUGAUAUUGUUUAGGUAGCAGAAUGCAAUGAUCUUUUAUUUGGGUUUUCUCCCUCCCCUCCCCGUAGUGUGUGUGCGUUGAGAUGUGUUGAUCACGUCAUGUAGAAAAGAGAAAAAGUUUUAUUUACUGUUAAAUUAUCAAUGUAUACACAAAUUCCCGUCGAGUUUCGUGACGUGUUGUGAAGGUUCCCGCGUUUCAUGUAGUGAGAAAGUCUCUUUAUUGACUAUUUUUG